AUGGCAUCUCGUGCUCUGCGCAGAGUUAAUUGGACUACAGAGCUGCUCCAACUCCACCGAACACAGCUUUCCCAUAUCCCAUUCCGCUCCAUCAUCAGCUCACCCACCUACCGCCAGUCACAAAACGCAACAGCUAGAGCAUCUACAGCCUCGAAGCCGUAUCGAACCUCCACUAGUUCUUCUAAACCGCUCUCCUCCAACUCUACCUCGAAUUCUACCUCCAACUCCAACUCCACGUCGACCACGCCCGAGUCAAAACCCGCCCCAACCGCAGCCAACGUUCAGAACAUCAGCAAGUCUGGGCUAGCUGAUGAUCUUGAAGAUAUCGAUAUCUCAGGUGUUAACAAUAACAAUAAUAACCAUAUCGACUGGACGCGCUCUUUUCACGGUCUCAGCGCUGAGCCCUUCUCAAAGGAAGCCGCUGAAGUCCUCACCCAAGAGAUAAACCCGGAUGACGUUGAGAUAAAACCGGAUGGCAUCGUUUAUUUACCCGAAAUAAAAUAUAGACGCAUACUUAAUAAAGCAUUUGGACCCGGUGGUUGGGGCCUUGCGCCGCGGAGUGAGAGUAUUGUCACAGCUAAGACGGUGACGAGGGAGUAUGCGCUUGUUGCGCAUGGCCGCCUUGUCUCCGUCGCCCGCGGUGAACAGGACUAUUUCUCCCCCGACGGCAUACCGACCGCGACUGAAGGCUGCAAAUCCAAUGCCAUGAUGAGAUGUUGUAAAGAUCUAGGCGUGGCCAGCGAGCUAUGGGACCCGCGCUGGAUCCGCCAGUUUAGAGCCAAGUAUACCCGUGAAGCGUUCGUGGAGCAUGUGACGACGAAGCGCAAGACGAAGAUUUGGCUUAGGAAAGGUGACCCUGUGUCGUAUCCAUGGAAAGAGACCAAGUGA